UUGGAAGGUAGAAGGUGAUUCUGUGGGAGUGUCCUCUAAACUCAAAUUACUUGAACAGGAAUUAUUGAAUUUGGAGAAGAUCAGUAAGAGUGAUCUAUCCAAAGUGUCGUCCUUAAUAAAGAAGCAGACCAAGAGAUUUCAAGUGCUUUCAGAAAAGAUUGAUGAUUUAUGCAGGAGAAUAGGUAGUGAUCCCUCCGAACCUCCCCUCAGUUCAGAAUUUCGAGCACAAACCCAAACGGAGUUUUUACUUGAAGCAUUAUCAUCAUCUCCAGAAAUACAUAGCAUCAACACUUCAACAGUUGAUAGCAAAGAACUGGUGUGUGCGACUCUUGGAUAUACAUAGCAACUUUGUUGAAUUGAAGGAGUUUUUUCAAGAGAAACAGAUGGAGAAUUACAAGCAUCAACAAUUGAUAAAGAAGAUAAUAGAGGAGCAAGAGCAAGAAACUAAGAACAAGAAGAACCAAGAACAACAAGGUGGUUACUCUGUGGAAGAAAGAACAACCGUUGGUGGUGGUCGUGCAACUGCGACGGCAAAGGCAGUGGACAUUGCUCCUCGUCUGACAUCUUUUCUUGAGAAAGAUGAAUCUUUUCUUACUCCUUGGAGUUGGGAUUCCAAUUCUUCUUCAAGUUCUUU